AUGAUGUUUUCCUACACGCCAAAGAAUCACGUCUCUUACACGAUCAAGGAGUUUUCUGCGACGCGGUUUGGUAGCCAUCGUCAGCGUCCAGACCAUGACGUAAUGAAACGCAUUCAGCGUCAGGCAGCCAACCGCGGUAACACGGCUCGUGCACAUGCUCUGGAAGCCGGUGAUGGACCCGACCUCAAGUCAACCUCCAUUAGCUCUAGACCAAUGUUCACGCGACCAUCGCCUAUCAAGCCAGGAGACACAACUAUGACCGACAUUGAAACUUUGAAGACACUGACAGCAGAACAGCGUGAGGCUCUUGUAAACAUUAUUCGCAAUAGUUCCAUGUUGGAUCAUCCUCUCAAUCAUCUACAACAAGCACUGGGGGCGCCACAAGUCAUACACUCGCAGAACAGCGGACUGCUGCGCAACAACAUC